GUUUGUUUAAACGUCGUUCUGGCGGUGUCUAUGGAUCUUUGCAAAGAACUGAGAGGAUAAUGCAAAAGACCUACUUAAAGACAGUCUAUUUGAUGCUCCAUUUGGGAUUACGCUUAUUGUCUUCAUAUACAUAAAAACAUGAAAAUUUCAUCUAUCCAAUCACACUCUUUACAUUCUAUGAUAUAUGUAAAGUAGAUUGUGAUGCGGAAAUAACUUUCGUGGAUUAUAUCAUAUCUAUCUCCUAUUCAGUUUUUUCAAAAAAAGCGAUCUAAAUUUUCAUGGCUUUAGUUAAUUACCAGAUCUUCUCAUAGCUGCUGUUGUUUAAAUAAAUUUCUACGAUCUUUUAGUUUUAUUAUACAUUUAUUACUGACUGGAUAAAGUAAUUUAGUCAUUAGUUUUCACCUUGUUCUACCUGUAAAGAACUGCAUGGAGCUGGUGUAUUUGCUAUGCGUUCUUUUUCUGCGCCAACAGCAAUUCCAAGUUCUUGCUUACCUCAAUAUCAAGUUCAAAAUAACUUCUCCCAACAAAACCAGGCCUUUUUAAAUUCCAUGGCUCAACCUACAUUUAGCCUAAUGCCGGCAGUUUCUUACUCUUCUAUUCCUGUAUGCACAUCUCCAACGUCUACAAACCCUAUACCUGGAUCCAAUAUUAUACAGUCUCAACAGCCUGUAAUAUUUUCUGCAGCUCCUGGAAACUUUUUCCUUGCUCAAUCUACACCUAUUGGUACUCCAGUUGUGGGUGCUCCAUCAUUUGUCUUUGCUCCUGGUCAGACUAAUCAAAAUGCUUUUGUGGUUGCUCAUCCAUUAUCCCAGGCACCAAUCGCGGGACAAAUGGCCACUCAUACAAAUCCAGCAAAUUGUGUUAUUCGUCUUCCUGAUGGACGGUUUGUCUUACCAGCUACUGCUCCUAAUAAUUUAAAUCUUCAGUCAUCUUUAACUCGUAUUUGUGGCCCUCAGCCUAAUUACUUCCCUGUUACAGUAUCUGCGCCUACCAGUGUAAAUUCAUCUACAAUACCUUCGUUGACUCCUCAAAUCGCCCAACCACCAUCAGGCCAAGCGUUCUAUAUUCAGAUGCCAACCAGUUGUGUCAGUGUUGGUAAUACAGUUUUCACUACCUCUCAACUGAAUACUGGUACUAAUUUUCAAACUCAUCCAAUGUCAACGAUGAAACCAGGACCUCAAGUAUCCUUCGCUAACUCACAGAUGAAUGCUUUAUAUGGACAAUCCGGUACUUUUAUAACCCCUGCGACUGGAUCGAAUCAAGCUCAGUUGGCUCCUAGACCACUUGGCACUAAUUUGAAUCCUGCUUGCUCUGGAAUAAUGAUGAAUAGACCUGGAUUACUUCUCCCCACAGGCUGCAGUCCUGGAACUCCAGUAUUAGAUGCAUACACUGUACAAAAUCAACAAAAACUAGGCAUUGGAACGAAUACAUCACAGUACACUAGUCUUCAAGCUUUGCCAAGUGGAAUGGCCGUUGCCCGAUUGCCGAAUGGAACGUAUGCCACAGUGUCGCUUAGUUCUACUGGAAUAUCAGGUUCAUCACCGAUUUUUGUAAAUAAUGCUUGUGUUCCAUCUACACUGGCUAAUCCAACUGAUACCUCAACUGCACCAAAACGUAGUGCUCCUAAUUCACGUACUAGACCAAAGUUAACUGGUUCUCCACCUGCUGAUACAGAUGUACUACGUCGUUUAGAUGAUCAAAUUGCUUCGUUACAACGUUUGACUGCACCUACAGAAAUGCAAUUAAAUAGACUAAAGCAGCUUGUUGAGGUUAAACACCAAUUAACAAAAGUAUCUAAUAUAUCUGCCAAUCCUCCCAAUGCAUUGGCUCCUCGUAGCUUGCCAACAUCUAACGCGGUUACGAAUACUCCUGCUUGUCGAAAUCCUAGCCCUGUAUGUGCGCAGAUCACUCCAAGUGUGCGUCGUGAAGUCCUAGAUUUACUUUCUCAGCACAAAUUACUACCACAACCUAUUGGAUCUAAUAACAAUGAAGAAACUUUCAUAGUAGAAUUUCGUCUAAAUCAACAAAGAUAUCAACUGCGACUAACUCGCUCUCAAAAAAUUGAUAUGGAACGUUUACUUUUUACUAAUACUCCACAACGUCAGGCUGAAGUGUUGACUAUUUUUCAACAGGAACAAAGUCGUCUACUUGCUUCAACACCACGGGCAAGACUACCAGCUCCUUCCGGUCAAACUAGUAAUCCGGUUAUGACGACAUCUCCAGUUGUUGGGUUUAGUAUUGCUUCACAACCCUUACGAUUACAAUCUGGAAUUCCAACGUUUGCAGCUACUCCUAUGCACACUUUCCAUGGUACAUCUGGUCUACGACUGGUUACAGCUCGGCCAGUUGUACCACCAAAUGCUAUAUCAGGACCUAUUGUUAGAUCAAAUAUUCCUCCUGUAUGUUCUUCAACUCCAGUUGUAGGUGUUGUUACUGCUUUAGCUGUACCUCCUAUUGGGACUUGUGUUAAUAAUCCUAUGUUUGCACCCGCCUUAGCUUUAAACUCUGCUGCAGUAAAUAUUCCUACAGUUUCAUCUAGUCUUUCAAUGUCCUCAGCAAUGAUGUCCACUAUAAAUGCAACAAGUGGUUUACUAACAACAAUACCUACAACCUCAUUUAGUUCAACUGUGAAUAAUGCAACGCAAAACUUUGUUUUAUCAGCUUCAACUGUAGUCAAUUCUACUGGUACUACAAUUCUAACUCCUAAUACUAGUGGAUUCUGUACACAGUCUGGUCCCUUCACAUUACCACCUGAAUCUAUUAAUGUUGUUAAUUCGAUACGACCCGUAGCACUGAAUCUUCAACAAGCUGCUAGAAUAGGUCGACUUCGUGCUUAUUUAACUAAUGAUCUUAGACUAGCAGUCGACAAACCGCCAACAUUACAAACUAAUGAUCUAACAAAAUUACCAAGUCCAUUAGAACUACUUGAAGCGUUGGCACCUUAUCACGUUCUUAAUGAUGCAGAUAAUACUAAAGAAGCCUUAGAUAAAGUUGACCUAAUAUUGGAAAAAUCUGUUAAUCUACUUUUACAGAAGAAAAAAGAAACAAUUGAAGCUGUAAACUCUUUAAUUUUCAAGGAAUCAUUGUACAAACUAGAACCGUUUUUAGAAGACCGUUUACUAGUAGCUAACAUGGCUUUAGAUUUGGAACGUGAUGUAUUUACUACUGAAAAAGAAAUAUUUGCAGAAGCGUUAAAUUGCGACAAAAAAGAGAAUUGUGUCGAUAUUCAUAACGAUGAUAAUGAUAAGAAACCAAUUAUUGUUGAGUCAGUAAAUGAGCAAUCUAUAUCAAACAAAUAUAUUGAUGAUAAAAGGCAUCUGAACAAGAAAAUUACUCCCAUUUUAAAGCAUUCAGUUUCUUUGCUUCCUUCACCAUGGUGUGAUCUCUUAGGUCCUUUAGCCUAUCUACGUCCUUUAAACUUUGAUACUGAUGGUAACACAACUAUAGCUGAAAUUAAACUCCCUUCGAACGACUCAGAGUUUACAGUACACAAUGAAAAUAAUAAUACACACACUCAAAUACAAUCUUCUGCUAAUUCUUCUUCCAAUAAUGUGAUAUUACGUAAUUCAAUAUCUGAAUCAAAUACUGUUAACUUACCAAAUAAUUUGCUAGUAGAAAAACCCAAUGAUUAUGAUGAGGAUGUAAAUGAUGAAUCGUCGGAUGAAGCUGAAGCUGAUCGACUGCUUGGUCUUGGUGGUGGUUGUAGUAGUAAUAGUAGUGGUAUUCCACCUUUAAUUAUUAAUCGGUCAAAAUUGUUGGAUAACAAUUCUACAAAUGGUCUACUUGACAAUAAUAAUAAUCAUCAAUCUACUGGUAGUAUUAGAAAUCAUUCGGAAUGCGACGGUGGUGGUGGUGAUAGUGACGAUGGGGAAUUUGAUGAAGCUUAUGCAUUUUGGCAAGAAUUAAUGCAUGAUAGAAGUAUCAAUAUUGAGGAUAUGAAUGCCGGUCUAAUAGAGAAUAAUUUUGAUAAUGAAUCUAAUUUAUUGGAUGAACCACCUAAUAAAUCAUUGCGUUUACUUGACAAUGGACAAACUCAUAACUUACCAACAGUUCAACACUCUGAAGAUCCAGAUAUUGAUGCAGCAAUUAGAAGUAUUCUAUCGACUACUGACUAAUACGACAAUCAUGAAAAUAUCUUUUGUAUAUUAUGUUAAUAUUUUAAAAAUUCAUUAAAAUCACUAUAUUGUUAUCACUUAUUAUAUAGUAUUAUGUAUGGUGUCCCACUUGUGUAUGCCCUAAUCUGAUCUUUCAAAAUUUGUACAUUAUUGUAUCUUUUCAUUUUUACGUGUAUCAAUGAUUUCUUCCUCUUUUCUCUUCGGUAAAAAGAAAAAAUUGAAUAAGACUUCUUUAGAUAAUCCUGUUUGUUUGUUUGUUAUUUCUCUUUUUCUUUUUAAUAGAAAAACAUCUUUUUCAUCAUAUUUCCCCUCGUUUUAUAAUAUUUAUAACAACAGACUAUCCCUACGUUGUGUUUAGUCUUAAUCAUACUCUUCCAUAUAUUCAAGUGUGCCUUUUUUCUGCUUACUUAACUUUCUAUUGUCCUAUUCUCACCUAUUGCCUUUUCUGCUUCUUCUUCUUCACUUUGUCUUAUCUUCAUUCUUUGAUUUCUUGGAUUCUAUUACAACAAACAUAUCGUUAAAAUUAAUGAUCCUAAUAGUAGUAUCUUUGUUUUAAUUUCAAUUAUUUUUUAAGCACAGUCAUAUAUUCAUAAUCUUGUAUAAUAACAAAUAGAAUUGAUCAAGAUAAAAAUAAUAAUGAUAAUGACAAUAAGUCAGUUGUCAUUAAAUGAAGUGUUCCGAUUAUAUGUUGUUUAUAUUGUUGUCGUUGUACAGUAAUUUCUUCUUUUUUUCUUUUUCUUCCUUGUUUUCUAGGUGUAAAUUCUUCUUUUCUAUUCCUUGUACAUGUAUAAGCCCUUUGUGCACAUUAUACAUAUGUAAUUCUUAAUUGACUGAAGUGUGGCUUGUUUUGCGCGAUAAUUCCUUAUCUUCUACACAUAAGAUUUCAAACUUGACUGUUGAAGAGGAAAUUUCUUUCUUAUUCAUUUUGUUAGUUUGCAAUAUACGCAAAUAAAUACAUAUAUAUUUACUUAU